ACAAGGUUUUACAGUGGAAAAUCUACAUUUAAGCUUGUUUGGAUAAAACAGACCGCCGCCGACAAUUAUCUACACAGCCGCGGAGACGAGAAGAACCAACUGAAAAUGGCGGGAAUCGUUUCCCUCCAUCUCACUUCGAACCCUCGCCUCCUCCGCUCAUCUCUGCUCGCAUCUUCGAUGACAUCUUCCCCGGCAAGCUUUCGGGUUCUGCCGGGAAUGUCUCUGCGUUCUAGGUUUCCUGGAAUUUAUGCCUUCACGAGUAAUGACAUCAAGGUUGGCAGCAAUAUAGAAGUGGAUGGGGCUCCUUGGAGGGUUUUAGAAUUUCUUCAUGUAAAACCUGGUAAAGGGGCUGCUUUUGUGAGGACCAAAGUACGGAACUACAUAACAGGCAACACAAUUGACAAAACCUUUCGAGCUGGAACUACGCUUCAGGAAGCAAACGUGGUAAAGGAAACCAAACAAUAUUCAUACAAAGAUGGCUCCAACUAUGUAUUCAUGGAUCUGGCUACUUUUGAAGAAACUCGGUUGAGUGAUGCAGAAGUAGGUGAUAAAGUGAAAUGGUUGAAAGAAGGAAUGGCAUGUAAUUUGCUAUUUUGGGAUGGACAGGUUAUUGAUUUUGAACUUCCCAUCGCUGUUAAGCUAACCAUAACUGAUGUUGAUCCAGGUGUAAGAGGUAACACUGUACAAGGAGGAUCCAAGCCAGCAACACUUGAAACGGGUGCUGUGGUAAAUGUUCCAUUGUUUAUGCAAAGGGGUGAGGAGAUAAUGAUAGAUACUAGAACAGGACAAUACAUGAGCAGGGCAUGAAUUUUACCGACUUUCUGCUCUCCUGAUUGUCUUCAGGUUCAAAAUUUUACUCUUUGAUUUCCUGAUUCAGCGGUCUUUUGCUUUAUUUUGACUUCAAGUUUCUGAGCCAUUCUUGAUUUGUUUUGUUCUACAAGAUGACUUUGUCUUUUACCUUUUAUAUUUGUUUUCAAAAUUAGGCACCUGAGUAGUAAAUAAGUUUCGGCGUUUCUUUAUUUGUUUUUCUCAAGGCUAGUUGUGUUUCUCUCUGAAAUUGUGAAAACGUUUGUAUGAUGAUGUUUUUCUGCUAGUUUAAUUUUAGUUAGACA